AUGUAUUGAGCAUCUACGGAUGUUUGAGUAUUGUCGAAAACCCCUAGGUGAGUCUUCAUCAAAUUCGUCAGCCGAGCUGCACCAGUCACUGCAAAAAUGGGAGUCCAAGUCGAAACUAUAAACCCAGGCGAUGGCCAAACCUUUCCAAAAAAGGGACAGACGGUCGAGGUGCACUACACUGGAACUCUGACAGAUGGGAAGAAGUUUGACUCGUCUCGUGACAGGAAUACACCCUUCACCUUUAAAGUAGGCAAGGGCGAUGUCAUCAGAGGCUGGGAUGAGGGAGUUGCUCAGAUGAGCGUGGGACAGAGAGCCAAGCUGACCUGCACAUCUGACUACGCAUAUGGCCCAAAGGGAUACCCUGGCGUUAUUCCACCCAACGCAACCCUGAUCUUCGAUGUGGAGCUUCUCAAGAUUCUAUGAGAGUCUGCUGUUGCCAUGGAUACCAGAUGAACCACGCUUUUUCCCCUCCACACUAGUGGGUUGAUGUGUGCCUGGUUCAUUUUUUCCCCUUCCUCUUUUGUUAAAUCUAGAAACAAAGAACCCUGUUUGGAAACCUCAUAGCCAGCAUUUUAUACAGUGAUGUUAUAGAAGAUACCAGCAUUAUCCUAACAAAUGCAAAUGUCCAUCCCUUCAACAUGUCCUCUUCUGGCUGCAUACCUUAUGAAGAUAACAAGACAAUAAUAUUCAGAUAGCAAUCUUGGUAUUUCACAUGCAACAUAGGAAGGAGGACAGCAAAAUGUUCUCAGAGGUUGAAUUUUAGUUUUCUGAAGAAAUCUCCUCCCUAAAAAUGUUAACCUUUAUAAAGUUGCAAGCUUGCAUGCAGAAACUUAGUUACUGCUCUUGUGUCAUAUUGCUCUGCUACUUUAGAUCCCCCCCCCCCCCCCCCCCCUACGAUAAGAGUAGAGCUGUGCAUUGAUUUUCUUUGCAACCUGCAGCUAAUCUAUGACACCAGGUAUGCUUUAUAUUAUUCAGGUGAAUCCAGCUCACUACAGGUACACUGUACAUUGUCCACAGGUAUAACAUAUUGUUGAUGUGAAUACCUGUGGACCUAACUUGUCUGCUGACUUUAAAGUCUCUUUGUGCUUAAUUAGAUAUUUACAUAAACAUUCUUAACAAAUAUAGAGAAUCAAAGAAGAUGAGCCCACAGAAUCAAAGAAGAUGAGCCCACAUAUACAAAAAGUCUCCUUUUUGAUUCCGUUUAUUUUAAGCAUCCUUCAAAAUACAGCUGUGAGUGAAGUACAGGACUUUGUUUGAUGUAUCUUUGUGUAGAGAUUUCUGUAUUUUUUUUCUACAUUACAUACUAGCUCACUGCCACAGAUUAUAUUCACAUUUUAGUCUAACGACCAUGGAAUUGUGGCCUGUUUUAGAUCAUUUGAAAGAUGUUCAACUCUGCAAAAAUGACUGAAAAAGUAUGUGUAGCAUAUUAGAAUAAGACUUUGUGCCUUUUCUUAUAGAUGUUUCUAUAGAUAACCAUUUUGUCUUAGCUCAACACCUUCAUCAGUUGAUGUUUCAAUAGUUUGUGGGUAGGUAAAAUGUAAGCAAAGACUGUUGUGUAAGGAGCUCUAAUGUACCUCAACAAAAUUAUCGGUAGCAAUUCAGUAUAGUGCUCUCUACAUAGUGCAACCAUAUUGUAGCACUUGUGGCAACGCAGUAGAAAUAAGUACAUAUGAUACAUAUGUAAUCAAGGAUACCGGUAGGACUGGGGAUUUGGGUAUUGUCAAUGAGAUAAAAGUAGAGUUUUAGAAUUUGUUAUUGCUUCAUGUAAUCAUGCAUCUACUUAUCUUCUACCUGAUCUGCUUUCAAUGACUGGGGAUUGUGCAACCAUAGGUUCUAUCCUAACGGGAACAAAAGCAGCUACCAUUUUGCACAUACUGUCCAGAGCUCCUAGGUCUUGAGCUUGAGAAAUACUGACUAGGUACUUGCAGCAAUGUACUAGUACCUAGCAUUUGUGAACAAAAUCUUGUAAUCUCUGACAUUUCUGAUGAUGUUACACAUAGAAGAGGCUAUAGGUUCAGUAAUACUUGCCUUACAUUUUUCUGUUGAAAGAAACAGUUUGAUUUCUUGACAUAGUGAGUGAGUUUUAGUCUGUGCACACGUACAAUGAUCUGCUUGUGGUUGUACAGGGUAUGUGUACAUCGUAAUGCCUUAUUAGAAGCUUUGUUCCCCUUAGUUUUGAUCCAUAAACUUGUUCUCAGCUUAAACUGAGAGAUGUGCGCAAAAUGUUCAAGGCAUGUAUCAGCAAGGAGCUUUUAUAUCAGAAUAUAAAAGCUCCUUGGUAUCAGGCAUGGUCUAGACAAUAACUGUUAUAGUUAGGGGCCUUCCCUUUUGCUGACAAUGUUUCUUGCUACCCAUACGCAGUGUAAACUGGCGACUGGCUUAUUCUCUGGCAUAGCCUGAGUUUGCAACUUACACUAUGAUAGUGCUUUAUAUACUUAACAGCAGGACUUCAGUGGCUUCACCCAAGUUCCUCCAAACUUUCCAUCAUUUCUUAUCAUCAAUGGAGUACAUAUUCCCUCCCAAUGAUUGCAGUAGCACACAUCAUCAGAGGUGUUGCUUGGGAACAGCAGUAAAGAUUUCAUGUUAGGCCUUCCCUGUUUGUGUGUGUGUGUGCGUGGGGUUGUGGGACAGAAGAGUUUACAAUGUAUCAUUGUAUUCUGCAUGUGGCUGUUAACAACAUCAGUAUAAGACCAUUGUUCUGUCCAUGUGACAAUCAUGGUAGAGUCACCAAUAAAUGUUCCAAGUUUCA